GGGGCCUCACGCUACUGUACUGGUACGAAGUGUGGACCACUCCGGGAACUGUCCUUCGGAACAUGUAUGUGUGUGCUACGUGAUCGUGAGGGAUCGGUUGAGCCUUAUUCAGAGGACGCUUGGUGUUUGCAACAUGAUGGUGUCAGAUCCCCUCUGCUUAUGUAUUGGCAAACAGAAAAUGAUGUUUGAUCCUCGGUCCUCGUUGGGGAUGAUCCCUACACAUGCAAACAGAGCUAAACAGAUUAUCUCGUUCGUCUACAUUUAGGAACUAGUAGGAGUACCACACGCUCGUUUCGUCGGAACGAAAGCUCCUCAGAACAAACAAGCUUGGUAGACAUAAACUUGCAGGAUGGAACAGCAAGCCGCCAACACCAACGACUAUGGCACUGUGUGGCAAUUGGUGAUCCCCUUUCUUCCAGUCGAUGAAUCCUUCCCAAACUUGAUACUGGUCAAUAAAGCAUCCCGUGAAACUAGCUUGAGAUUGCUCCAUGAGCACUGUCAAAAGCAUCAUCCAAUUGUGCUCUUGUUCGAAGAACGUAAUAGAGAGAAUUUGCAUGCCUCGCUGUCCAAGGAUGCCGAUUCCAAUUCAAGUCAAGAUGAUACCAACAGGAAUGGUAUCCACGAGCAUUGGUUGACCUACGGCCGCUAUUGCUCCUUCACAAUGGCACAAACACCUGGAACCAUCCUUUUGAAUAAUUAUUUCCAACCGAACAGUGUCAAUCAUGACUGGAUUGAGGACUAUGAAGUGGCUUUGGAGAUCCAUGUUGCGAAUGAAGGACAAGCGACAGAUGAUGUCGCCCUGGAAGUAUUUUUCUAUGACAUUCAACCGCUUCGUGUCGGUUGGCACAGCCUUGAAUGUGCUUUCGAUCCCGACAACUAUCCGGUUGCUGGCAGAGACAGUAAAAAGGGCAUGGGUGCGUCAGCCCAUCACAAUCUAUUCCUCUAUCAGAAGUCCACUGGAAAAGUGUUUACAAUCUUGAAAAGAUCUAUGCACGGAGACAACAAGAAGUCCAUUGGGUUUAGCUACAACAUUCAAGGCCCUGGCAUUUCCCGUCCCGGCACAAAUGGUGUGUCUUUUAAGGCUAUGCUUUCUGUCGCCUUGUUUCGGGACGGAAAAUUCCAUCAAUCCCUUACUAUUACCAAUCGUACUGGUGAUCGUAUUGAUCUGGGUCCCGUCAACUUUCGAUUUAGCCAGCAACCCCACAGAGGCGGGCCCCUGCGGAUGCGUACACUUGAGGCAUCAAUCAGGCACAUCUAGGCAGAUCAGCAGCUUUGUCAACUUUUCUCCAACACAACAUUUGGACACCGCAGAAGUGGCCGUGACUCGCUCAUACAGCGAUAUACGGUAUGCCGAGAGCUGGGACGUGUCAAGUCUCCUGAACGACAUAUUUGUUGGAAGACCGUUGUAGUACAUAAACUAUGACUAUAUCUAUCACACAC